UAUUUAGAUUUUGUCUUGCUUCUAUCUGCACUUGAGUAUUAGCACGAUAAUGGCUAUUAUUAUCACAUGCUAGCUUUCUCUUGGCACAUCACUAUCUAAGCGGAUUCCGACGAGCCUACGCGCUCCUUUACGAUGAUGGCUACGAAAUUCACAUCCCUCCUUUACCUAUCAAUAUGGUUGCUUGCAGGACAAGUGUCAUGUGGCUCCAUUGCAGCGUGGUGGAAUACAAGGGCUCCCAGCUUUAUUAUGCAGGACGACGAUACGGGCAGCAUACGAUAUAGCCUUUGCAAUGGCAACUACACACCAAUAUUUCCAGACGACGAGACGCUCGUGGCUCCCUUCAAGGACCACCAGCCGAAAAACAAAACGGGCCUGUCCGCAACCGGGUGGAUGGAUGGCGAAACCGCUCGGGCAUCGAUUUUCUACAUGGAUAACAACGAUGAAAUUGUCAAUGCGCUCCUGGAAUGUGAUUGGAAUACAGGACAUUGGGAAAAUACGGGCGAGUACGUCGUCUCUGGAGGAGCUCCUAAAGUAGCGCCAGACUCGGGAUUAUCAGCUGUGCUGCUUGGAUCAACGGAAGGAUACCGAGUAUAUUACAAUGACCUCGAAGGGACUCUUCACGCAAUCGGAUACACGCCCAGCACGACAUGGUCUUAUUAUGGUGUAAUCUCCCAUGAUGCAGCCUCUUCCCAGGCUAUUGGAUCUACCUUCUCCAGCAGUAACAUCUCAGUCGUGAGGCCUAGAGAUGGCGAGAAUAUGGGAGUGUCACAAUUUGAUGGCGAUGACAUGUGGCAUAUAUCAACCUUUCCACAGUCGUUAACACUGACGGGGAACCACUCAACAAAUGCAACAAAGGCGUCUGACCUCAAGCUCAGCUCUAGUAGCCAGAACUUUAGCCUCCCAGCUUGGGAUGGCAAUGCAUCUGCGCUCGCCGUGACCAUCAACAACAAGAAUACGCGUAGCAUUUUCUACAUCGGUACUGAUAAGAAACUGUACCAGGUCAGUAACAGUGACGGUAACAGCACGUGGAGCAUAGCCCCGCGCCCAGAUGACGAUGAUAAAUCUUGGCCCGUAGCGGACGCGGCCGGUGCCACGAUCGGCAUCGCAAGCGACACCGGGAGCCGCACCACGCGCUUGUACUACAUGAGCGGCGGCCACAUAGUCGAGGUCAACGGCGACCACGGGAAAUGGCAGCCAGCCACCGUACUGCCCAGCACCAACACAAGCCAGGCUGCUACAGCGCAGGCACCAGCGGCGACAACUACGUCGCCACCAGAUGGAGAUAAUGGGGGUUUAAGUGACGGUGCUAAAGCAGGCAUUAGCAUUGGCGUAACACUAGGCAUUAUCGCGCUUGCAGGCACGCCAUUUGUAUUAUGGCUGUUACGCCGGCGACAGCGGAGAAUCGACGAGGCUGCUGCGGCGGCGAUGGCGGCGGUGAGAAGAGAUCAAUAUAAGCCGGAGAAUGGAUAUGCAGGACCAGGACCAGCGUACGGUCCUGAUGGGGCUCAAACGGCGGUUGGUGCCGACGGAUAUGUGUACGGUGCACCACAGACAUAUGCAGGAUACCCACAGGCUCAGCCGCUUCAACCUGGAUAUGGACAGCAGCAGCAGCUGCUGCCACAACAAGGGGUUGCUUACCCACACCAGAUGGGCUAUGCUAUGACUUCGGAUGGAUACGCACAACCUACCUCAGCAACAGCAGGGUAUCCGCAACAGGCGGGGUUCAUGCAAGAUGGAGGAUGGGCGUAUACUCCGCCGGCCGGGGAUAAUGGAGCACACUACCAGCAACAAUAUUACCAGCAACAGCAGCAACAACAGCAACAACAUCCACAAGAGAUGUCGGGUGAUACGAACCCCGUCGAGUUAAUGGGCGAGGGACACUAUAAAGAAGUACCGUGACUUAAAGUAACCGAGUAAUGAGCCGGAUACAUAUAUACCUACAUACUCUCGUAGAAGAUGGGGCAUGUCGAGAAAAAGAAGGGAGAUAUUUACACAUUGGUCAUCUCGGGGGUUAUAUGUCGACAUCUAAAACUUAAAAGCAGACUUCUAGUGCUAAGCGGACAUGUCUAAGCAGAAGCAGCAUGGUAAAGAGGACUAGCUCGCGCCUAUUCUGUGUAUAUACGCUGUGGUAAUAUAUAUAAUUAAAGAAUGUAAAGUUAUAAUAUUUUGCUUGUAUAAAAGAGUAGGCUG